AUGUCGGACGACGAAGAGAGAAAGAACUACUCCGAUGAGGAAGGCGAGGACGUCGGCUUCGACGACAGCGACCGCGACGAUGACUCUGAGGAGGAUGAGGAGGACGACGAGGAAGAGAUGAAGAGAGUCAGAGACGGUUUUAUUGUUGACGAUGACGAAGACGAAGAGGAAGAAGAGGACGAAGAAGUCGUCCGCCGUUCCAAGAAAAAGAAGAGAAAAAAGGAGGCCAUCGGUAAGGGAUCAGGAUUUGCCCUUUGCAACUGUGUGUUUGAUCGGGUUGAGGACCUCGAUGAUGAGGAUCUGGACCUCAUGGAGGAGAACACCGGAGUCAAGAUCAGACGGCCAGAGAAAUUCAAACGCCUGAAGAAGCGCAGACAGGAGGACAGUGACGAUGACGAGGAGUCUGGACCCCGACAUGAUGCGCUUCAAAAAAUCUUCGACGACGAGGAUGAUGAGGGCAUGGACGACCGCGGCGGCUACGAGGAUGAUAUGGACCGAUUCAUCGACGACGAUGAAGACGAUGAUGAAGGUCUUGACGACAACCGACACAACCGCCGCGAGAAGGCUCCCGUCAAACCUAGAGCCAGGAGAGCCCCAAUUGAAGGCCUGAGCGAGGAGGUCUGGGGUGAAUGGUACGAAGUCUUUGGUGACGGAGAGGACUACGCAUAUGCACUUGGCAAGGAGAACGGCGAGGACAACUACUACGACAAGAAGCCCGAACCCAGACUGAAGGACGUAUUUGAACCCGGUGUCCUGGCCGAGAGGAUGAUGACAGAUACGGACGAGAUUAUUCGUGUCAAGGAUGUUCCUGAGCGCAUGCAGCUCCGCCCCGGCAUUCAGGCUGACCGCAUUCUCACGGACGACGAUGUUGAGGACGAGGCGUACUGGAUCACAUCACAGCUCAACGAGACUAGGAGAGGCGUUGACCAGCCAGCCUUCCAGGCCGAGAACGUCAACGCUGUCCUGAAGUUCAUGUCGAUCGAGUUGAUGGAGGUACCUUUCAUCGAGGCACAUCGUCGGGAUUACUUCACCAGAGUUAACGGAGCGGAACUCACCAGCCUUUUGUCGCGCGAGGAUCUGUGGUAUAUCUACGACUUGGACCUCAAGUAUCGUUCCUUCUUGGAGCGUCGCGAGGCCAUCAAGGCGCUCACGGAAAAGAUGGACAUCAAGGACCCAUACCUGAACGAGUCUUUGAUCAAGGCAAACAAACUGGAGGAGCUCACGGACGUCUCGGACUAUAUCAACCUCCGCUUCUCCAAGCAGAUCGACAAGACCAAGGCCUUCAAACGUCCAGGUGCAGGAGGCGCAUACGACACCGUCAAGCGCCAGCAACUCGCUGGAUUCAUCAAAGAUUUCGGAUUGUCGGCACGCGAGUUUGGAACCAACUUGAUCGAGGGUAACAAGCGUUUCUUCCCUGAGGAUGUCAUCGCCAGGUCUCCUACUGAAUCUGCAGAGAACCUCCUCAAAGAAGGAUUCCCUUCGGCUGAUCGCGUCAUUACCAUGGCGAUGAACAUGAUUGCUCAGGAGUUGGCCGUCGACCCACAAGUCAGGAGGGCGAUCCGCGCCAAGUACGAGAGCGCAGCCUGUGUGACCGUGACCCCAACGGAGAAGGGUGCCACUGUCAUUGACGAGCUCCACCCUUUCUACCCCUUCAAGCGUCUGGCGCAGAAGUAUGUCCGAGAUUUCCAUGACGGACAGUACCUUCAGAUCUUGCAGGCUCAGUCGGAGGGGCUCGUCAAGGUCGAAAUCAAGAUCUCCGAGGAGGCAAACUACCUCCAGGGCAUCAUGGACUAUUUCUUGAGCGAUAACUUUUCAGAGAACUCGCAAAAGUGGAACGAAUUGCGCCGAAAAGUCCUGUCGACUGCACUGAAGGACAGCGUCUUUGUGUUGAUCGAGCGUGGCAUGAGUGAGAAGCUGAGGACCCAGGCUGAGGAGUGGGUCGCCAAGAAGUGCCAGACUACCUUGGAAGAUAAAUUGAUGAUGGCUCCAUAUGUUCCCCGUGGCGCACGACCCGACCGUGAGUACUCUGCCAGAGUUGUCGCCAUCUCCCAUGGAGCAGGAUCCAGCAAGGAUGCCAUCCAGGUCGCCUUUGUCGACGACAAGGGCAAGUUCAUGGACCACAUGAAGAUCGACAACCUGCGCGACGAAAAGUCUCAGAAGGCCCUUAUCGACUUUUUAGAUCGCCGUCGCCCCGAUGUCAUUAUCGUCGGAGGAUUCACUGUCAACACGCGCCGUCUGGUGGAGCAGGUGGAGAAGGUCGUUGGCGAUCUUCGCGAGCUGCGUGGAGAUGACAUCACGGUGAUCAUGACGAACGAUGAGGUUGCCCGCCUCUACCAGCAUUCCAAGGCCGCUCAGGAAGACCAUCCCGAGGCCAACCCAUUGACCCGUUACUGUAUCAGUUUGGCACGUCUCAUUCAGAACCCCAUGAACGAGUACGCUGCUCUUGGACGUGACUUGAUCAACAUCCGCCAGCACCCUCUUCAGCACCUUGUUGGCGAGGACCGCCUCCGGGAGUUGCUUGAUCGUGCUUUGAUCAACGUCAUUAACCACGUCGGUAUUGACUUUAACGCCGUCGUCGACUCUCCAUACAAGGCUCAUAUGCUGAAGUAUAUCUGUGGUUUGGGUCCUCGCAAGGCUCAGAGUUUGAUCAAGGGUAUCGAGGCCGACCAGCAUAACGGAAGUCUGGACAAGCGUGGAGACCUCGUCAUUCGCAAGCUGUUGACCUGGCGCAUCUUUAUGAACUGCUGCAGUUUCCUCCGCGUCCACACCAACUACGGAGGAGAUGUCCUUGACGAGACCCGUAUCCACUCGGAAGAUUACAACUUGGCCCGUAAGAUGGCUGCCGAUGCUCUGGAGAUUGACGAGGAAGCCUUGGAGGAGUACGAGAACGCCUCGCAGCACGUCGAGGAGUUGAUGCGUGACGACAGUGCCGAGAAGUUAAACGAUCUUUUGCUUGAGGAUUACGCCCACCAGUUGGAGCUGAUCCAAAACAAGCCCAAGCGCAUGACCCUGGAAACUAUCAAGCACGAGCUGCAGGAUCCCUUCCGCGAUCCCCGCCGGCCUUUCGAGCGUGCUUCGCCUGAUGUGAUCUUUACCAUGUUGACAGGAGAGACCCCUCAGACUUUGAAAGAGGGCUUCAUUGUUCCUGCCUUGAUCACCAAGAUCCGCGACAGGAACGCCAUGUGCCGACUGGACUGUGGUAUUGACGGAAUGUUGGCGAUCCAGAACAUUGCGGACACCAAGAUUGGCGCCGUGUCGGAUGUUCUUUCGGAGGGUCAGACGCUGCAGGUCAAGAUUCUGAGGCUGGACCGGGAAAAAUACUUUGCCGAUUUGACGUGCAAGGAGAGCGAACUUCGACAUGGUGAUACACAGAUUCGCAUGCUUCCCGUGGACAGGAUGUUUGAUCAGUUUGAGGAGGAAAGGUCAAGGAAUGAGGUCAAGAAGAGCGACAAGGUCUCCCACUUUUUGCGCCGCAAGAUCAACCACCCUCUGUUCAAGAACAUGAACGGAAAGGAGGCAACCGAGUUCCUGGCUGACAAGACUCGCGGUGAGCUUGUGAUCCGCCCCUCCAACCGGGGUGUCGACCAUCUCACGGUGACUGUUAAACUUGCCGACGACUUUUACAAGCACUUUGACAUUCUGGAGAUGGACAAGAAGGACGAUGUCAGCUUGGGCAAGGUCUUGAAGAUCGAUAACUCCAAGUAUACAGACUUGGAUGAGUUGCUUGUCUCUCAUAUUGAGUCGAUCAUGGCGAAGACCGAGCUCAUCAUGGCCAACCGCAAGUACAAGGAGAGUGCAUCUGAUCUUCGGCAAUCGCUGGACACACAGACAAAGGCCAAGCCUGAUGCAUGCGUGUAUGGAUUCACUCUGGACAGAAAGUUCCCUGGAUUCUUCUCGCUUCUGUUCAAGCUGGGAGCCAGCCGUCCGAUUGAGGAGUUGAGCGUGAAGGUCCUCCCCGAUCACUAUGUUCUCAAGGGACCAACCAACAAGGACUGCAAGGAUUUCGUGGCGCUGUGCAACUCGUUCAAGGAGCUGAUGCAACAAAGGCUGCGUCCCAAGCCUGUGGCCUCCACUAGCACAGCGGGACCUAGCAACAGUCGGCCCCACUACAACAGUCAGAGCGGCAGCAGCAACAACUAUAGCAGUUACAACUCGAGCAGCGGCUACAACGGCAGCAGUUACGGCAGCUCGCACCACACACCUUCGCACCCCGGAUCGUACCACCAACAACCAUCUUCGCACUCGCACCACUACGUCCCCCACCAUUCACAGCAGCCUGUUGCACCUCACCAUCUUGCCCACCAGGCAGCGCCACCGAUGCACCAGCAGGGACACCCUUCGUCGUCGUCAUCAAGCGGUCACUGGGGCUCAACACCCUGGGGAGGAGCACCAUGGACUGGAGCACCUAGCGGUGGACACAUGGGACCUCCUAGCGGUCAUAUGACGGGCCCACACCACGGCUACGGCAGCGCACAUGGUGAUAGCAGACACGGACCUCCUGGUGGCCAUGACUCUUAUGGCGCCCGAUCGUCGCGUGCUCCACCCACACCCCGUCGGUUUAUGCCACCACCAGGCCAGCAGCCCCAGCAGCCUUUUUAUUAG